CGUCGCGAAGCAUCUCGAAGGCUCCAAGCAUCGCGAGGCCGGUGCCAGGUACGCCGUCUCGAAGCCAUCAGAGGCACCGCGAUCUCUAAAGGGCCUCCUGACGCCCACUGUGCUCGAGGCGGCCGUGGGUGGAAUGGUCACCGUCACGCCGAAGAAGGUCUACGAGUGUCUCAUCUGGCAGCGUCCAGGCUUUCCGGGUCUGUGCCUCUGCAGAGCCACCUGGUGAGCGACGUCCACAAGAAGAAGGUCGUAGCGCAGAGGCCGCCGGGGAGCCUGGCUCUUGGAUUUGCCCCGACGUCUGGCCUCUCGCCUGGCGCUCAGGCUCCCCAGACAACGCCAGGCCCUCCCGUCUUCCAGGCCACAGCUGCGACGCAGGAGAUUCCGGGCUUCCACGCCCCGUCCGAUGUGCAGGGCUUUUCGGUCGUCCAGACGCCAACAGCUGUGCAGGGCGUCUCUGUUAUCCAGACGCCAACGAAGCUCCAAGACGUUUCCCUCAUUCCAAAUCUCUCGGCUCUCCAAGGCAGCUCGAGCUUUAGGACUUCUAUACCUGACCAGGGGAACUCGGGCUUCACGGCACCCACGUUUGCAGCCUCAAGGUUCAAAAUCACGGACGAAGAAAUAAAGAAAUAUACCGCGAUUUUGGGCUCAGAACCACCCUCAGGAGGUUUCGUUGCUCCUUCCAAUCAGCAGCAGCCUUCGCCGUCCGAGGAGGAGGAUGAACUCGAGAAAGUCUUCCGAGAGAAGCUGGUGGUUCAGACGGACAACAUUGCCGAACCCUUUUCGUGCGUCGCCUGUCAGAAAAGGUUCAAUAGCUCCUACACACUAUCAGACCAUCUGAAAAGUAAAAAGCAUAAGAAAAAGGAAAUGGAGCUUGACCUACAGACGCGGAAAUCGAGCGAGACGGAAGAUCCUUCUGUCAGCCAGAGGGCGAGCCAUGGCAAAAGUAGGCGCAAGUACUCAGUGGUGUCCACUCCUCGCGGCCAUGUCUAUGUCUUCAACAACACCUUCGAGGGCCAAGGGAAAAGCCAGCGAACGGGCGCCAAAUUGGACUCGAUUAACAUCUAUGAGACCUUCAGGAAGAUGGGCUACGAUGUGUUUGUCCUUGAAGACCUGACGGGGGCGCAGACGCUCGAGGCCUUCAAGAGCAUUCGGGGCAACGCCGCCCUGAGCAGCGUGGAUGCGCUGAUCAUCUUCAUCCUGAGCCACGGCGUCGACCCUUACACCUUCAGGGCGAACGACGGCCAGGAAAUCUGUCUCCACAAGAUCCGCUUCAGCUUCACCAACCGCGGGUGCCCCUACAUGAAGGGGAAGCCAAAGAUCUUCUUCACCAACUACUGCCGCGGCGACCAGAUGGAGAAGCGGGAGGUGGACAGCCUGGAAGUGCCCUGCGACAUGGUCACCAUUCACGCCGCCAUCGAGGGGGUCAUGGCACACAGACUGAAAUCCUCGGGCACGGUGUUUGUCAAGUGCCUCUGCGAAGUGCUCAACAGACACGCCCGCACCAUGGACCUCAGGGAACUCUACGGAGAGAUCGGCGACAAGAUGAGGCAAAAUAAAGGAACAAGACCCAUGUGGGAGGACUAUGGCUUCGAGAGGUUCUUCUUCAACUCUGUCUGACGCGCUGUGCUGGCUGGAGUUUUCUCUCCCUCACCCUGGUCUGGUCUUCCGAAGUAUGUUCCUCUUCAUUACUAUUUAAUCACCAUCCCGUAUGCCAAAGCAGGUGACGACGAUCUAUGACAGUGCAACCAACAUGAUUACAGUCAAAAUACCAUACUCGUAGGAAAGGUGCGUCGAAAAUUGUAUUUCUAUGAUACAUCAGUGAGUGUUUUCAUGUUGAAAUAAGGCUUCUCUAGACAUUGUGUUUCAAGCUAUUUAAAAUAUUGGGAUAAACAGUUUCCAAUUUCGGAAAAUUUGUUUCUAAUAAUGAACUGUGAUAUUUUAUAAAUGUUAAAUUGUUAAUGAACAAGCAUAAUAAUUCCUUUUAGUAACACAUAUAAACAUAAUUAUUAUUACCAUUGCCAAUGGUAUUUUUCUUGAUGCACUAUUUUAAUAUCAGGAAAUGAAUUUGUAGAAAAUAUUUUCCAUUAUUUUAUGCAAUCAGUCUUGCAAUUGUGAUAUUUUUGGUCGCAUAGCCACUGUUUAACUGAUAUUUUCUCCGAAGUUAACAGUAUAUGCAUAUUAUUUCGUUAUAUAAUAAAGAUUUAUCAAACUACAAA